UGUCUACAUACAGAAAGGACCCCCAAAUAUAGUGGCUCGACUAUAGCACGCAGGAAUUGAUCGUUUCAUUAAAUCGUGCAGUUUUGAUCUGAAAACUAUCAAAACAUGAAAAUGUCAAAGAAGAAGAAGAAAAGGCAGGACGAUUUCCAUAAAGUUAAGCUAAAAGUUGGCAAGAAGAAGCCCAAGACGGAAAAUUCAACUAACGUCAACUUCAAAUCGAGGAGCAUUCAUUUACCGGAUCAGCUGAAACGGGAUGACGGUGGACCGACUACACACCGACAGCUCAGUAUUAAGGAUCUACUGUCCCAACUGCACCAUUACAGCAGCACCGUGAAGCAGGGUGCUCUCGUAGGCCUUCGCGAGCUGCUCUCAGCUCAUCCAUCCUUGCUCGAGCAGCACGCGUCAGUCGUGCUCGCCGAAGUUGCUGCACUCUUCACCGAUAAAGACGGCACUGUGCGGGCAGCCAGUUCACGUCUCCUGCGCUUAGUGGCGCAGUGCAUGCCACCCGAGCGCGUGGCUCCCUUCUUCCCUCUGCUUGGCGCACACCUCUCCUGCGCCAUGACCCACGUCUCAACUGGCAUCCAGGAGGACGCGCUGCGGGUGCUGGACGUGCUGCUUGAGCACUAUCCCGCUCUGCUAGCACAGAGACACACCGUGCUGCUGUCAAACUUCCUUGAGCUCAUCUCGCAGAGGCGAAUGACUGGCGCGGACAGGGGGAGAUCCAGUGGAGAUCGGGCGGAGAAAGGAAGCUACGCGCUUUCUAUAAGCACUAGCCGAUCUGUUACAGCACAGCAAUGGAGACUCACUGUCCUGCUCAGAUUGGGUCGGUUUCUUCAGGCAGUAGUAGAGGAGAGGCCUACAGAAGAUGGUGUAGUGUAUGGAAGUGGCUUCGGGAUGUGGAGCGGAGAGAAAGGGAUGGUCACACCUGUAGAAACCAGCUGGGAGGAGCAACUAAUCAAUAAAGAGAGCAUUCAAGUGUUUGAAAAUUCUGGAGCAAAGCCCACGCCACACUCCACCUAUCGGCUAAGGCUGGAUAUGGAGCCUGGAGCUGGAGGGAGUGAGGACCUGUGUUCAGCAGAAACAGUGCAGGGUUUUGCAGAUACACUGGUGCCUCUGCUCCUGGAGGUGUGGGUGGAGGCCAUGGGUGGAGGACGAGCUCAGACAGACAGCGGACACCUGCUCUCAGAGGAAGCCAUGGCACUCAUGUUCCAGAUCCUUACGAUACUGCAGCUUCUGAGACGUCUUGUACCUCAGAAAGACCAACAGGACAUGCUGGAUUCCUGGUUUCGAACUUCUUACCUGAGCGAGUUCAAGCAGCAUUUCAUGAAGAAUUUCCCCUACGGACAGCUCGAGGUGGCUAGACACAAGAAAAAAAUAGAUGGGAAGAGGAACAGGCAGCAGAUGAUGGGUGGCAUUAACGCUGCAGGAACUGUAGAACCACUGGCUCUGAAUGUCAUGCUGUGUCAGGUAAUGGUGACACUCAGCCUGAGGAGGCGUGAUCAAAUCGUCGGCCAGGACGCUGACUGGCUCGGACCAAUCCGAGCCUUUGUUACAGAUACACUGUCCAGUGGCGGGAAGCUGAGCUCGAAGCACCUCGCUGCUCUGUUGGAGGUGGUUUGGAGGAUGAUUGUUACCCAGCGAAGCCGUGCCGUGACGGAGGAGCUUCUACAAGCUGUGUAUGUUCAAUAUCAGCAGAAGAACUUGGUCCUCUCUGUUCGCACCCUGUUGCUGCGUUUCUUUAGUCAACUCUACAUACAAGAGCACCAGAACCAGCCUCAUAUCGCCAGGAGCAGGAUUUUGACACGGUGGUUGGCGUCUUUGCCACUGCAGUUGGCACAGUUGGGUGGUCGUAAUCCUCAACUGUCUGCCCAGAUCCUGCAGACGGUGCAGUCAGCUGCAGCGUGGGGCAACAAAGACCUGCUGCACAGCCUGCAGACACAUGCGGACAGCCUUUAUGAUCCUCAGGAGGGCUGUAUCGUGUUAUUGCCGGUGGAACAGCAACAGCGCUUGGUUCAGAUCCUGUUCUACCUGCCAGCGUUUCCUGCUGAUCUUCUGGCUUGCCUCAGUCAAGUGUGUAACACAGGCAGGGUUUCUGCAAGUCUGGCUGCUACACUCAUCCGCACGAUACACUUCAGGUCUCCUUUAAGUGGCUGGUCCAGCAGUUCGCAGGAUGUGCCAGUGCGGGACAUGGAUUACUUCAGUUUCCUUUUCUCAACACUGACAGGUUUCUCAUCUGAGAGACUGAGGACCCUACAGCAGGCAGAUGAUGAAGGUUUGCUGCCCUCGUCAGCCCUCUCACCCCUCAGCGUGUUCUCCACACCACUCGAGCAGUUCACGCACCACUGGGACGUGGUCGAGGAAGUAUGUCACUGUUUGGAGACGCUGGGCUCUCGAGGGCAGUGUUUUGAAAUCUUACAAACUGCCAUCAUCAAGAACCUGUGUGGGUUGCUGGUGGUGCCGGACUGCAUGUGCGCUGCCCUGUUGAGGUGUAUUCCACGGUUACUGGAUCACAACCUCCUGCCCAACGACACACUCCUCCGCUUCUUGGCUGACUGCUGUCUGAGCAUGCUCAGUCUGCUGCUGCAGCUGGAGCAAAGCGCCCGCAAGAGGGAUGCAGUAUGGGAGGCGUGUUUUGCUGCGCUGAGCACAGUGCCACGUCUUUUGCGAUUGGUUCUGCAGUCUCUACAUGUGUGUGACCUGUGCGAGGAAGAGCUUCCCUUGCUGGCUCAAAUCCUCUCGCUGCUCCUGCAACACACACAGCUCCGCAAUCACGUAGCCGCCAACACCACCUUGCUGCAGACCAUCAUCCAGGACCUGACGCGCUACCACGGUGGUGAGACCCGAGAGCAGUGGCUAACAGACCUGCUGUACUGCUACAGCGUGACGCUUUCGAGUCACCGUGCCAACAUGGCCAUGAGGGAUAUCUUUUAAUCCCCUGAGCUGCUGCCACCUUCUCUCUACUUUCCUCUCACACUCUGUCUUUCCAUGUUCACAAAUGUUGCUUUUUAUAGAUUACGAGGAAAAAUAAACAUGUUGGGAUAAUUAA